AUGUCUUCUUCAACCGCGCACGAUAUUCGAGAGAUGACCGGAGAGGCCUCGCAUCGGGUGACGGAGACGACAAAGGCGGCGCUGACGACGGUCCAGAGUUCGGGCUUUGUGCAGCGGUACAUCAUGCCAAGCUACCAGUGGUCGAGACAGAAGUAUGAGCAGUCGCCGAUGCUGGUCCGACUCAUGAUCUUGGGCUUCAUAGCGAUGAGCGCUAUCCCGAUCGGGUGCUUCAUGGGCUUCAUGGCCCUGGUUACUCUGGGCUGUUUGAUCGUCGGAGGGAUCGCGUUUUUGAUCGUGGAGGGUGGAUUCACGAUGUUCGCAUCCGCUUUCCUAAUGCCAGCCCUGGGUGUCUCCUUCUUGGUCGCGGGCGGAAUCGGUCUGGUGGCCAUGGCGGCCUAUACCGGCUACUUGGUGGUCUGCUUCGUCGUCGGAGUCUUCCGUGGCCCAGUUCAGAGAGGACAGCUCGAGCGUGGGACCGAACACUUGACGGAUCGCGCCCGAGAAAAGGCCUCGGAAUUGGCGCAUGGGAAGUAA